AUGCAGCAGUCGUUCCGCGUGAUGGAACACCAGCUGGUCGUGUCUUCCUCGGAAGACAUCAAGCCUCCGCCGGCUGCACAUCUAGGAAAGCCUACCGUCGUCGUAGACGUCAUACCGCCCACGUACACCAGCCCGCCAGUCGCCAAAACCGAAUCUAUCAAAGAGACUCCGGCUAUGUCGACGGGCAGCACGGCGACGAGCAGCGGGAACGACGGGAGCAUCCGGCGCUACCGCACCGCCUUCACACGCGAGCAGCUGGCGCGACUCGAGAAGGAGUUCUACAAGGAGAACUACGUGUCCAGGCCGCGCCGCUGCGAGCUCGCCUCACAGCUCAACCUACCGGAGUCCACUAUCAAGGUGUGGUUCCAGAACCGGCGCAUGAAGGACAAGCGGCAGCGCAUGGCGAUGGCGUGGCCGUACGCGGUGUACACGGACCCCACGCUGGCGGCGAGCCUGCUGCAGGCGGCGAUGUACGUGCCGUGCCCGCCGUACUACCCCCAGGCGCGCUAUGCUUACCCGUACCCCAGCCCGAGUCCCAGCCCCGCGCAGCCACAGCGCCAGGACGACUGCGACGGCUCGCCCAGCUGCAGAUGCGGCAUCGUGAACUGCGUGGCGGCGAGUUCGCUGCCCACGGCGUCGCCGUCGCCCUCGCCGCUUCUGUCGCCGCCGCUGUUCGCGACUGGCGUGGCUGUGGCUGGCGCGGCUGCUGGCGCCGGCUCCACGCAGCUGGCGCGCCAGCCUCCCAAACUGUUCCAGCCCUACAAGAGUGACGUCACGCCGCACGCCGACCGCGACCGCGACCGCACGUAAGGCGCGGGAACCGGCGCGGCGUCUCGCGGCGCGUGUGUGAUAAGGACACUCAGGGCAGCGUCUCUGGCAAAUUCCUAGGCAUAGCUCGGACCUGCUGCUGGAAAAUACUGCCCGCUUGGCUGGUUGAGAGUAUGGUAUUUGUUGUGGACUGCAAAGACUUUACCGAAGAGUAUUCUACCAAAGCAGUGAUUCGAUUCCUAACGGACAGUAAUUAUCUGUUGGACUGACGUCACUGUAGAAGGGUGGUAGCUGAUCGGAACUCAGUUACAACCGUAAAUGAAAAACGUUCUAUCUGCUUAUUGAGGUUUCCUUCGAGAUUAUAUUUCCAUCGUGGAACCAGUGAGUCAUUUACCCAUUUCCUUUAUUUCUACAGUAUGUACGCUUGCAACAAGGCUCAACAGUCUAACCACGAAGUUUUCCUCUGGAAAACUGGAGGAUCACAUCCCUGAAGAUGUUGUGCAUCCAUUUUUUUGAAAUUCUCAAUGUAGGAGUUAUAGGUCCAACUGCUCAAAGACGCAACUCGUACGUUAAGUAUAGCAAAAGCGCCCCGCUUACCGAAUUUCGCGUUACUGCACUGAAAUGAGUUCUACCGCUGGUCCAACUCGUACGACAGACGUCAGUCAACGGUUAGAUACAUUCCAGCGUUUCAGUUUUUCUCGAACAUCUGACAUAGGAGUGGCAAUAGUUGGUAUUCUAUGCGCAGCAGCUUCACUAUAGUAAGUAUUUAAAUCUUCCACAAUUCGGUGGUCUCGGGAAGCGGUAGACGUCUGCUGAAGCGUGAGGAACUAUUGGCAAACUGAUUCUUCAACAGCGCUUUUUGGGCCAUUUUUGAUGCUUAGCAGUUGCCAAUAACGAACACUAAAUUGUUUCCUAGGACAGCAAAAUGUUUGUCCCAUUUUGCUCCGGUUUGUUAGAAAGUUGUUCGCGUGUUCAUGAUACAACACUGCUACUGAAAGACGCUUAUUGGAAAGAAAUCUAUGAAAAACAGUUGGCUUGUUGCUCUACUGUCGCUGCGAUCCAAUGUGUUAAACUGCCUCGUCUAAACAUAAACCGUGCACAAAAAAUACGUAGUGUUUUAUCUCCAGCUCGAUGUCCUUCUUAUCAUUAGGGAAUCUUUGCUUCGCUAGUCUCACAGGUUAUAGUAUAGUGUGCCUUCAUGUGGAUUCUUUUUGUUCAAGUUUACCUUACAAAGGACUUCUUCGUAUAAUAGUUCCGUUGAAAUAUAUGUAAGAAUUUGUAACAUAUGUUUAUAGGCUUAUAUUUUAUAUGGUAAGCAAGGGGUGAUGAGGAUACAAUCACGCCUAUACAGAAAAGGAAAUUGAUACAGUUCGCGAAAGCAGAAGCAUAUAAAAGAGCGAGAGUGUGAAUGUUGUAAACACGACCUUCUACAGUGACAUCAAGCUAAAAAUAGCAAUUUCGACACUUUCCUAUGUAUAACUGCCUCUCCAACCUCGUCCACAGCCCAUCUACACUCGAAUGCGAAUAUCGUCUCUGUCGCUAAAGGUAAGGAAAACCGUUAAUGAGAACUACACAGCGGACCUUAUCUGCUUUGUUUCAACGUGUUCUCUUUAUGGAUGCCUGUCUGUUUUUAUAUAUCCAGUUUGAAUAAGUUCGCUUCACAGGAAUUAGUGUCUCCUGUAAAACUUCAGUGCCACCGAAACGUGACAAUAUGGUACUUGUACUGAACAACAGUACUUCUAUGUGUUUUUUACUUCUCUGCUUAAUUUUAGUAUUAUAAAUACUUACUAUGACUGAAGCACACCGAGUUGUCCAUAUGAGCUCUAUCAGAGUACGUCAUUCGAGUUUUCCUGUUUAUUGAUUGAGCUGUAUAUAGAAAGAAGAUAAUACGUAAAUGACUCUAUAUUAUGUACAUCAUAGUGAUAAUCAUCGUGUAAGUUGUGUAAUAUAUGGCGUUGUCAUAUUUCAGUAAUGUGCCAAAGAUAUUAAAUUAUGAUUUAAGAGUCCUGUGGUCUUUUUUUACAAAUGCUUUUACCAUAAGAAGUUCUAGCAUUAAAUCUUUUGUAUCUGUUUUAUUGUAUUAUUGAAUUUUGCAUUUAUGCUAUUGAAAAUGGUGAUGAGGAGGAGAACGGACAUUAGAUAUGUGUGUUAAAGAAUAUAUUGCACUGUAUUUGUUAUUAAAUGAACCUUCUGAUAUAUGUUACUAUAUUUUACAUUUAUAUCAUUUACAUACUGUAAAUAAUGUUACUGUGUAGUUGUAAUAUUAAUUGCAAUAAUUGCAGGUCAAAAUACAUUUAAAUGGAUUUAGAUUAUUCUUUUCUCUGGUGGCAUUUACCUGUCCUAGAAUAGAUUCUUGGAAACUGAGGCAGUGACAGUAAAAUAAAUUGACAACUGUUCACAUUUGGAAGACACAAAACAAGUGAACUGUUGACUAUUAAAAAUUUGGAAGUUAAUAUUUCUGUGUUCCAUAAAGCUUUGAAAUUUGAUAAGAAAAUUCAUUUUCCUUGAGCAUGUGAUUGUGGGAAUGUAUUUAUGAUGAAUUUCAUGGGACAAGUAUUGUUUAAUGUUGUUUGGAUUUGAAUGUAAUUAUCGAAUAUUGAGUUCAGUUGAUGUAGCCAUAAAUCGAAUGGGAGUGAAUA